ACGACUUGGGCGUCCCGAGCGCGCCACACGCGCCGGAACCGGGAGCGGAGAGCGUACUGGCCCGGCCCGCCCUUUUUUUUCCUUCGCUCACCCGCCGGCCGCACUCCCGUUGCCGCUGCGCCGUUUCGGGAGAAAAGGAACGCCGCCGGGAAGAGGGGCGAAAACGAAGCGGUCGCUGCGCGGCUUCAAGCGCGCGCGCUCUUCGACACACCCGCCGGCGUUGUCCACGCGUGGGGCCCGCUCGGAGAGGCGAGCUUCCGUGGCACCGGAGAGAGCGAAAGAAAACAAAUAGAGUGCUGUUUGUAAUGAUUAGACCGGACUGCUGCUUCGGGACUGCCCGCCGGCGCGUGCCCACGUUGGGGGGAUUUCUCUGCUGCCGGCUGCUGUGGAUAACCGCCCUCGUCGAAGGCAUAUCGUGUCUUCGGCUACUGGAGAUGUCGGCGCCAUCCGCGGCGAUCCACGGCCGUGGCAUGUGGCUCAACUGCAGCUUCGACCUCGAGUCCGACGAGCUGUACUCGGUCAAGUGGUACAAGAACGACACCGAGUUCUACCGGUACAUCCCUCGGGACAGACCGCCCGCGCAGAACUACGACCUGCCGGGUGUGGUGGUCGACAUGUCCCGGUCUCGUGAGGGUCACGUGUUCAUUUCAUCAGUGAACUUGUCCACCGAGGGGAACUACCGCUGUGAGGCGUCGGCAGAGGCGCCUUCCUUCCAGACUGUAGUCCAAGAGAAGGAAGUCAAGGUCUUCGUGAUCCCCGAGCGUCCGCCAACCAUACGAGGUACGCGAGCCAAAUACGGCGUCGGGGAGCGUGUUGAUGUCUCUUGCCGAGCCCCGUACUCACUUCCGACCGCCAAGCUGGUCUGGCUCGUCAAUGACCAAGAGGUUCCGUUCACGGACGUGCGCGAGCUGGAGACCCUGUACGACUCCGAGGGGCUGCAGAGUUCGGGCACAGCGCUCUCGUUCACCCUGCGACCGCACCACAUGGCGGGAAGCUGGCUGCGACUGAAGUGUGUGAGCGUCAUCUCCGAGGUGUACCUCACGUCCAGCGAAGAGCUCAUUGUCGGUGACACGGUGCCAUCCAUACCGUACCCAGAAACGAGCCCUGACAGCCCAGUUAUCGAAGGCGGCCAGCAUAAGUACCGGAUCAACGACCUGGUGAAUUUGACCUGCAGGUCUGCAGAGUACGACACACCGCCGGAGCUCACGUGGUUCAUAAACGACAAAGAGGCCCGUCCCGAGUACUUGGUGAGGUACGAGCUGCAGAGAUACCCGAGGUACGCCGGGUCACUGGGCUUACGCUUCAGGGUACGACCAGAGCACUUCGAGGAGGAACGCAUGCACCUGCGCUGUACGGUCACCUUAUCGCACGUCCUGAACACCAGCAGCGCAGAGGCCAGCAUCAAGAACAAGCACCGAACCAUGUCGGGACUCAGGGCACCUACGGACGAUGCGACAAACGAAGGGAUGUCCGUGCUGACUCCCUUCCUGUCCAGCCUACUCAUCUGCUUCGCCCUCCUGGAGCUAUGAUGGACAUCGCUGCGAUGGCUGGAUUCGAGAUGUACAAGCAACAACUCGCCGCGUGCAAUAGCCCUGGUUCUUCUUCUGCUGAGACCUUGCGCGUUUCCGUAUACGACCGUUUCAUGCCUCUCCAUUCGAGUCAACUAGUAUGGGACGCAGCCCACAAGGCUGCGCCGUUUGUCGGGAGGAAAUGCUACAAUGCGUCACCGAGUGCGGGAAUCGUACGUCUCUCGUGCGCGAGGCCACGUCAUGUUUGGAAGUCAGUGGCAUAAUGCCAGUAUCGUGUCUCUCAUUUUCCAAUUCCUGACGCUCAAAGAUUGUAAGAACUUGGGCUACCGUUGCGAGUAACGCAACACGCUGCGCAAAUGGUCUAGUCCUAAAGAACAUUACGUUCAAGAGUCAAGGGUAAAACAGACGCCGACCAAAAACAUUAAAAGAAAAGGAAACCAGGACGUUUCGGCUCCCUUGCUCACAAUCGUGACUGUGAGUAAGGCCCCCGUGUGGGACCCGGCACAUCCUGGUUUCCCUUUCGUUUUAUGUUUUUGGUCAGCGUCCGUUUUAUCCUUGACUUUGAGCUAUACCGACGAGACGAGUUUUCACCGCUCUUGAUUUCACUAGGUUCAAUAUUUUGCUAGCAUGUUAUAGAAGCAGCGCUGUAAACUUUAACACUAUGGUAGUACAAAAAAGUCGUAAAUUAUCUGAACAGGGAUGUCAGAGUUGGAUGCGUUAUGGUUUCUUCCUGAUUAUACGAAAAUAUAUGACGUACAAUACAGGUGGUUCAAAAGGUGCGCGCACGUAAUAUUCACCUUUGAAUCGCAACAACGCAUCGUCGUAAAAUUUAGGUCUCUAAAAUUUGCAGCUAGAGGACAUUACAGCUUGCAAUGUAGUUGCUAUGAAAGUCCCAGUAAAGUAUUUGGACGGCUACUUCAAUUUGCUUCACAUGCAAUAAAAUGCAGCACUUCAGUGGCCCCAAAACUCACAGGUGAAAGAUCAACAUGCUCCGCUUCGCGGACAUUCAAUAAGGGCGAUAACGUAUUCAACACAUAGCUGCAUUGUUAUCGCAUGUCUUAAUGUCAUUGAAAAGCACAAUAAACCAUCCCCGUGAUAGCUAAUGGCGGUAAGAUUGUGUUAACACGACAAAUGGAAGCUAAAGUGUGAGGCCCUGGGUACUUCUGAGAACAAGCAGGGCCACGUAGCUCCUGCGGUUCCGAUUAUUCUUCAUUUACAGUUUCAAAUCCAAUGUGUGGUGCCACGAAAGGAAUGAAUCAUUGACUUUUUGUAGCUUUCGAAAGCCAUAAUGAGUAUCCUUUAAUAUAAAAACGUUUACUCAGUUGUACGUUCAACCAGAUACAGCCUGCGGUGCUACAGCUGCCACGGGUUCUACUGUUUCACAUAGCAGGUCGAAAGAGUGUUGUGUGACACAGUCAGCUCUGCUCAUUCAGGAGGAAGGCUUAUCUCAAGCCAAAACUUAGCGCUUCAGUCUGAAUACAUUGGGACUGCAAAAAUGCGUUCUCUGCAUCUGAAUUCCUGCGUCAUUUUGGGUGAAGAUUGUUUAAAAAAUAGUUCAAAGGCAUACAAAAAUGCCACGCAAACUUGGGUUCAAUAACUUCCGCACAUCUUCAGUCAAUUCGCAACAUUUCUAUUCAAACGUCAUGCAAAGAAUAACUAUCUCGGCAGGAAGGACAGGUGUGGAAAGUGAAUUCGUUGCGUCUGCUGGAGCGUCCAAACUGGUUCAAAUUAGCGCCGUGACAAUUGCAGCAUAGCCAGAAUCAUGACGCUCGUUGCGGAAAAUUUACAAGAUAACAUUUCAGGUAAAAAAAAAAAAUAUUGUUUGACGUUUUGACAUGAAAUAAUUUCUGACCGGUUGUAUUGUUGAAUUCUAUGACAGGCAGGAAGACAGACUACACCAAAUAAAUAGCUGUCCUUACAAGGGGAUGAGCAAAACGAGAACAAGGUGAAAGCAGGAGCCAACAUUUCGACAAGUGGACUUGCCUUCUUCCGCCAUGACGAAGACAAAUCCACUUGUCGAAGCGUUGUCUCCCGCUUUCACCUUGUUCUAGUUUUGCUCAUUGCCUUGAAUUUCCAUCUCCCACCUUCGCCAUGUUGUCCUUACAGGGGAGAAAUUAUGUUCUGUUGUAUUUUGCGCAGGGUUAAGUAAACACGGUCAAGUCUACUUUAAGCCGUUCCCCGGGGAACCAUCUCUGCGUCCCCAUGCAUGAAUUUAGAGAGCAGUGCCUAAGGAGAUGCUUCUUCUUACACCAUGAUUCUCCCCUCUUCGUUCACAAUAACGCUGAGGCGGUAAAGCUACCAGCCUGCUACGGAAGGCUAGUUCCGCCUGAAUAUUGUAACGUUCGCCGUAAAGGCAUGUAUGCCGAGCCGCUGCUUAGAGUGUCGCGCUACGUGUGUGCUUUCGAAGUGUUUUCAAAUCAACAGGAGUGAUAAAACAUUGCACGACAAAAGCGCAAGUAAAUACUGCGAAGCCCGAUGCCAUGUACUCUGUGUUUGCAGCUUGCUUUGUUUUCCUUGCUUGUCUCAGGAUUUUGUGCCAACAGCACAAAAUUUUCAUUCGAAUUUAUCACGUGCCCCGACACAAGCAGAGAAUUUGAUCCGGAAAGACGUGAUGAGGUAGCAGAAGCUGUUAACGUUAUAAGGAUGUACGGAGAGAAUGCAUUAGCGUGUAUGUGAUUAUGUACAUAUGGUUAAGAAAAAUUAAGAACUGUCCUCAUAAAUAUCGCAUCACUGUGUGGUUUCUCUGUUUGAAAACUACAUGCCAAACGUAAGAACCCAAUGACGAUUGUUGCGCGACGAUGUUGCCAAGUAUUACACAGCGAGUUAUUUUUGUUGAGAAAUUGCAUUCCUUUCAUUGUCCGUCUCAAGGAUCUGUGCUUUCCCCCCCUUACGCGAAAGCGUUUUCAUUUCAUUUGAUUGACCUUGUAAAUUUAGAAAUGCGGAGUGACUCCACGCUACAUUACAGCUUUGAGAUUGAAAUUUUAUUUGCGUGUCUUAUCUUUCACGUUUGUAUGCUGUGUGGGUGCCUGUACAAGUGUAAAAAUGCGUCAUUACGUCUGAACAAUAAACAAAUAAGCUGUUAUGUUU